CGAGCGUCCGGAUACACAAGCCAACACGAAGAUGCUGGAGCGCGAGGAACUCGGAGCGUACGCGCUUCCGCCAUGCAGCGACGAAGCCGUCGGCAGCGAGAGCGCGAUCCUGGCGGACGAGGUACUAUCCCUCCAUGCGUCGGCGCAUGGGACGUCGUUUGUCCUUGGGCUUCCCUCGGCCACGCACCUCUGCGACGAGGGCGAGGUCAAGCCGCUGCCGUUCUUGCCAUCGACCGUCGCCACGAGCGCUGACGGCGCCACGGUCGUCGGGUGGCUCAACCCGAGCUGCGUCUCGGUCUACUACGAGGGGCGCGCGCUCAUGUCCCGCGUCGUCGACAUGCCCUCGACGCCAUGGCGCACGUUCGUGUUGCGGUCGCGGGUCGUGGGCCCGCAUCUCUUUGAGUUUGUGCUGCUCGUCGUCUGCGCCAAAGGCCACCUCGUGCACCUUCGCAUCCAAAACAACGUCGAGCAUUGCACCGAACUCGCCAACGUGACGCAGUGGCAUCCUACGCUCACGAGCGGUGCGCUGGACGUUCCCGCCGGCCUCUUGGUGCUCGCCGGCGGCGUCCGCAGUGCGAGCGCCCACAUGGCCCACGCGUCUAGUCUCAGUCUCUGGAAGCUCAUCCUCGACGGCGAGCCCCGCGCCGAGCUCCAGGACUUUACAACCGUCCUCGGCGACGACGCAUCGGUCGCACAGCUCGAGCUCGAAAGCAGCAGCACCGGCGGGUCGUCUGGGCUCUGGCGCUCGGCCAAGGCGCUCCUCGGGCUUCCGACCGAGUCGGAGACAUUGACGCAAGGCCAUAUCGCGACGCUUGCGAUUUCACCGGACGGGCAGACCCUCGCGCUUACGGACCGCGUCGGCCGGCUCUCCCUUCGUCUGGUCGACACGAGCGCGGUUCUGAUUCCGUGGACGCUCAUCGCCGACGCGCCGACGCGCAGCGUGUGCUGGUUUCGAUCACACCUCGUGCUUGCUCAGAGCGAUGGCACGCUGCAUACGUGCACUUUCAACGCCGAGUCGACGGCCUUGGACACCAUCCAAGUGGCUGCCGCGUCACCACUGCGCGUCACUGGCGUGGCUGUCGCGCCCCGCGAUGCGAGCGGCUUCUUUUACGCGUCGCGCGCAAUGUCGGGCGAGGUGCAGAUGGCGUCGUUCGCCGAGCUGCCACUCGAGACCGUGUACGAACGGCGCAUUUCGCUCGGGCUUUUCGACGAAGCACUGGCGUUGGCCAAUGAACAUGGGUCGCUGGACCGCGACCUCGUGCACAAGGCCGCCGCGGCGAUCGAGCCCAACGUCGCUCUGCGCAUUGACGCCCACCUCCGGCACAUCUCGGACGUUGGAUACGUGCAGCAUCUCGUGGCCUCGACGCUCGAGGCGUCAGCCGCCGACUGCGCGGCGCUCUGGCGCUUUGGGCUGGAUUUGGACCCGACCUUUGGCGUGCUCGGCCGACUCCUCGACCUGCUCGAAACGUACCUUGCGCUGGUGCACGUCGAGACUGCGUCGCCGCCGGCCCCGGCGCUCGACCAGCUCUUGGCCAACGAGUCGCUCUCGCCGUUCUUUCAUCCGUCGCUUCUCGAGGCCUUUCUGGACGCGACAAUGUAUGAGACCGCGCUCGCGCUCGCCAAAGACGGUCGGGUGGCUGCUCUCAGCAUGCUCUUGGAGCGCUAUGGCUACGAGCUCUUGCCCGAUCGGUUGGCGCUGCUGAGCGCCCUCCCGCUCACGCUGGAUCCUGUCGAGUACGCACACCUCUUGCCGUGUGUAGUGUCGCACGGCGUCGACGCGUACUACACGUGGCAGCAUGGGGCGGCGCGAAUGGCGACGUUGCGGCCGAUCCCUGGUGUGCCCAUGGACGAGAACGAGUGGGCGACGCAUGUCGAGCCGCUACCAGCGCAAGCCAAUGCGAUUGCCGCUUGGGUGUCGGACCGCGCGGUGGCCAUCGAGACGCAGUUUGGCCAGCUCGAGAGUGCAAAGGAGCUCUUGGACCUUGGUUUGCUCUGCCUUGGCGAGGACCCUGCCCGAGAUGACGUGGCCGUCUUGCAAGGUCACGUCGCGACGUUUGCUGCGUAUGUAUACGACUGCUGUGUCGACGUGCCGCUCGAGUGGACGCUCACGCAUUGGCUCACGCUCUCGGAUGCGGAGAAGCUGUCGCCGCUCGUGUCGCAGCCGGUCGACGUCGCGGCCGACGUGUUGGCCCGAGGGCUCUUUUCCGAAGCGCAGCUCGUCAAGUUCCUGUCCGGCCUCUCGAUGGACGACGUUGUGCACUUCAAGUACGUGGCCGAGAUGGUCCAGCGCAGCUGCCCCCGUCGGUCGGACCGCAUUCUCAAGACGGACAGUUUGCUGCUCGAGACGGCGCUCGCCGCUUGCUUUGGCUUUACGCUCGCCGGCCGGGACGCGCCGACCGAGUUUAUCGAGUUGGCGUGGGCCAUCUUCGAGUCGUUGCCAGCGCAGGCUCCCUCUGGUGACGCACUCCUGACCGAGCUCAUGGCACAGGUCGAUGAGCUACAGGCGCUCAUGGAUGGUAUGGAGCGCUGUGCAGCGUACGGUCUUCACUACAGUCCGCAAGAGCUGCAGACGCGCGCGCAGGACGUCGCCUUUGCCACCGAGACGCUGACGCAUCUCGGUGCGGUUGCCAAUGACGCUGUGACGGUCGUCAAGGACGCGGUGGACCUCGUCGACUUGGUGUUUCCGAUUGUGUCGCAGGACGACGCGACGUCUCUCGUGCUCGGCGCGCUCUUGAGCCAGCCCAAUGCGGACGCGGCGCCGGCACUGCGCGCGCUCUUGCCGUCCAAUGCCUCCGAGAUGAUCGUGGCCGCCGCGACUGCGCACGUGCAGCGGGCCAACGGCGCGACGUCGCCAAGCCUCCAGCCGGCGCGUACCCUCCUCUCGUGGGUCGACGCGCCCGCCGCCAACGCGCUCCAAGGUGUCUUGGACGCCGCCGACGCGAUGGAAACCUGGGGACACGUGUCGAUCGCACCGCGCGACCUCCUUUGCGAAUCCUCUUUGGAUCGGCUGGCUCGGAUCCAGCGGCUCUUGAGCCUGUACCCGGACAGCGGCGCCGCGACGCACGUCGACGACCUUGUUCGCUGGCUGGCUCUCGAGGCGCACGCGGUGCAGAUCCGCGUGUGGGCGACCUACGCGCUGCUUUCGACCCGGAACUUUGCUUCGGCCAUGCACGAGGCCGCACGCUUGCUCGAGGCCCUGCCGACCGCCGACGCCGACCUCUCGAUGGUGUUCUCGCUCCUCUUGGACGUUGUGAGCUGCAGCAGCUGCGUCGAUUGGGCAGCGCGGGCUCACUUAGCGUCCCAAGCGCUGGUGCAUGUCACAGAUCCGACGUUUUGGUCGGUGCUCCUCGGGUGGCAGACCAAGCUCGCAGCCCUGGACCGGGCCGCGACACUUCUCGACCUCUCGCCUCGCGAUCGGGAAGCGUUUGCCGACGAGCGCCACGUGUCCGAGCACACGUGGCUGCUCGACCAGCUCAGCGUCUAUCAAGAGAUCGUCGUCGAUCAGCCUGAAGCAGUGCUGCGCGCGUACCAAGUGGCGCUCUCGCUGGAAGCGGCCUUUGCCGAGGCUGGACCCUCGAGUUUGGCCAAGACGAACGUGGCGCGCGCGAGUCUCGACGCCUUGACGCCCAAUGGCGACGCGUCGCUCGCGUUGGCGUACUUGGCCGACGUGUCGCCCGAGACGCGCCAUGGUCUCUGGCUCGCGCGUUUUGAGCGCGCCGCCAGCGAUCGCGAGACGCAGGCGUGGAUAGCGACCUUGGCGUCCACGUCGCUGGACGGCACCAUCUUUGCGGAUGCAUUUGUGUCUCUCGAAGCGGCGUCUGUGCACGAAGCGACGCUCGACCGGCUCGCGGCCGUCGAGCGUAUCGACCGCCCACGCUUCGACAGCGACGAGCCGUAUCGGUACGCGAUGCUCUCGGCUGUCGCGCGCGCAGACCCCGCGCUGCUCACCGACGCCUACAUGGUGGCCGACGCGUUCGGCAUGGACCACUGGCAGCUCAACGCGUCGUUUCUUGAAGCGCUCUUGGUCUCGUCCGAUGUGCGCGAGGUGGAGCUCAAGAAGGUGCAUCUCCCGCUGCCGUUCCGCGACCAAACGACGACCGUGCUUUCCUUUGCGUUGACAAAGCCGUCCGCUCUUGUCGCGCGCCUGCUGAAACACACGUACGCGCAAGUCGACGCCAAGGACCUCGUGUCGCUUGAGUUUGUGUGGCGCCUCGUCUCGCUCGCAUGGCAGCAAGAGCCGACGAUUUCGCUGCCGUUGCCGAUCGAGCGCGUCAAGCUCCUAAUCGCGUGCGCCAAGGAGCUCCGAAAGCUGCGCGUCACCGUCGACUUCAAGGCGUUUGCGUGCUUCGAGAAGAGUCUCGACAUGAAGGCGCAGGCAGCCUCGGCCGUCCAGGCGAUCUUGCCGAUCCUCACGGGCCAAAACAUUCGGCUCGUCACGAGCAUGCUCAAGCGCGUGCAUGGUAUUGCGACCAGCAGCGUCGUCUUGAUCUACCUCGACACAGUGCUGGCCAAGUCCAAGGCCGACGUGGCGCUCGCGUACGAGUCGUGUGUCCCGUUCGCGUCCGGUCUCUCGACCGAGCAUGUGCUCACGUUUCUGCAUUUGCUGCUGGAUCCGACGCGGUCGCUCGCGCUGUUUGGCCACGAGUUUGAGACACCGCAUGAGGUCGCGCCGCAUGUGCUGCCGCGCAAGCGCGUCGAGAUCCUCGAAGACACGUAUGCGCUUCUGAGUGCGCGCCCCGACAAGCAAAAAGGCUUGGCGCUCUUCGAAGCCCAAGCGCCGUUCGUGGUGCUCACGGCGCUCUUGAGUGCGUGGGAGAUCGCCGUCGACGUGGCGUUUCCGCUACCGGAUGCAAAGGCGCUGCCCGCGACGCGCUGGCUCAACGCACCAUUGUCGCUUGCCCAGUGCCAUGUUGUGCUGACGCUGUUGGCGCGCCUUGGGCUCGAUGCGGACGCUGUCUGGACGACGAGUAUUGACGCGGCGCUUCACGACUUGUCGCUCGACGCCCUCACCGCCUACUGCCAAGCCAAGUGGGCGCAGAACACCGAGACGAACGCUCAGUGGGUCGCACGCGUCCGGCUGCCCGGCUUCAAGACGCUUCCGCUCGACGCCGUGGCGCCAACGGAAGCGAAAUGGCUCGAGCGGGUGCAGGCCUGCGUCAAGACCUCGCCGCGCGCCCACGACCUCCUGCGUGUGCUGACGGCGAAUGUGCCGCCGGCCAAGCUGCGCUCGGUCGACUUGUCGGCGAUGCAAGCGGCCGCGUCGAUCGUGUCGACCUUGCGCAGCGUCGGCGACGACGAAAGCUACGCAGCGCACGAAGCAAAAGUGAUGCACGACGUUGGUCCGCUCUUUGCCCAUGCGCUGCACGCCCUCCCCGAGACGGUAGCUGCCAACGAAGCGCUUGCGUGGGUGCUGCAGCAGUGGCAAGCGUACCACCAAGUCACGUCGGCGCGGUCCUGGGUAGCUGCUCGCGACGCUGCGAUCGUUGCCCGCCUUGGCCUUGCCGAGACGACGCCGCUCGACGAUGCGCAAGAAGAACUCAAUGUCGCGCCGCUCUGGCAACAGCUCUACGCCCGGAAUGGGUGGACCGUGCCGGCGCUCACUGCGCUGCUGCAGAGUGACGCAGUGGCGUAUGCGAGCUUGCGCCAAGACGACGCCGAGGCACUCCAGCGCGCUUUGCCGAUGGGUCGGCUCGCCCUCGGGCUCUUGUCGCCAUAUGCCUCGAUCCACGCACUGCUGUGGACCGAGCUCACUGCGUCGACACUUGCGCCCUCGUCGCUCCUCGAGACGCAGCUGGUGCUGCUGCGCUUUGAGGCGUGGAUGGAGCUUCCGUCCGUGCUGCAUCAAGUGCUUGCGGCCAACCGGAGCGCCUCGAAAUCGGAGCUCUGGCUCUCGAGCAGCAUGGCGUUUGUCGUGCUCGCAUUCUUGCGGCGGCGCGACUAUGUGAGCGCGAGCCGCGCCAUGAGUAGUUUUGCCAACCUGCACCCGCUUCUGCGCAACGACCUCGACGCGGGCCUCCACGUGGCGCGCAACUAUGUGCGCGCGACCAAAGGCGACGAUGUCCCGAUGGCGUGGCAGCGUCAUUGGCCCGCUCUUGUCACCCAACUCGAAGCCGCGCUGCCCUAAUCCUGUAAUACGUACUAGUAGUAGUGUAAUCGGUGCACGAUGAUCGGCACGCGCCAACGAAGCCUCGAUGCUUUUCGAACCCCAGCGUUUCGACGGCAAACUUUCAACGACACGUG